UGUGGCAAGAGGGAGGGGAUACAAGGGGCCGGCCAGAGGCUUGCCAAAUCGGAUGAGAGCACAGUCGGGAGGAGAGGGCACAGAAAGUGAGAGAGAAGGGAGUCCUGCACGAGAAGAGGGAGAAAGAGGACAAGCACGGGAAUUCUUCCCAGUUCCACUUGCCCUUGCUCCUCUCCACUCCUGGCCCCAGCAGGCCAGGGAAUGUCCCGGCAGCGAGAUGCCUUACGUGGACCGACAGAACCGCAUCUGUGGCUUCCUGGACAUCGAAGAAAAUGAGAGCAGUGGCAAGUUCCUGCGGCGUUACUUCAUACUGGACACCCAGCAGGGAAGCCUGGUGUGGUUUAUGGACAACCCGCAGAACCUGCCUGUUGGUUCUGAAUGCGUCGGUUCUUUCAAGCUCACCUACAUCUCUAAGGUCAGCGAUGCCACAAAGCUGAGGCCUAAAGCAGAGUUCUGCUUCGUCAUCAAUGCCGGGAUGAGGAAGUUCUUCCUGCAGGCCAAUGAUCAGCAGGACCUCGUGGACUGGGUCGACGCUCUCAAUAAAGCCACCAAAAUCACUGUGCCAAAGUCGCAUGAUGGCCAACAGAAUGCAGAGAACCAGAAGGUUUUGCCAGAAGUCGCAGGACCAAAGAAACAAGUGUCUUAUAAGACGGAGAUUAUUGGAGGAGUCCCCAUCGUCACCCAGACACAGCGUGACGGCGGUGAUGGUGCAGACAGAGCAGAGCGAGACGCCAUGCAGCGCUCUCACAGCCAGCUGCCGUACUUCCUGAGCAGGCCGACGCAGGAACACAGCGUCAUAAAGUCAGGUUACUGUGUCAAACAAGGAGCUGUGAUGAGGAACUGGAAACGUCGAUAUUUCCUACUGGAGGAAAACUCAAUGAGUUACUUCAAGUCUGAUCUGGAUAAAGAGCCUCUGAGAAUGAUCCCACUGAAGGAAGUUCACAAAGUCCAGGAGUGCAAACAGAGUGACAUUAUGAUGAGGGAUAAUCUUUUUGAAGUCGUCACUACAUCAAGGACAUUCUACAUACAGGCAGACAGUCCAGAGGAGAUGCACAGCUGGAUCAAGGCUGUCUCAGGGGCCAUUGUGGCUCAGCGGGGGCCCGGGAGGUCUGCAGCCACAGAACACGGCAGCCGUUCCACUUUCUACCGUAGCUCCUCGGGUCCCCCCGCCCCUCGCUCGCCCAUAUCUGCCAUGCCACCAUGCAACCCAGAGUGGGGGGCUGCUGUCACGUGCACACGCGCACAGCCUGGCGUGGGACAGCGAGCACUUCAUGAGCCUGCUGCCACGGCCCAGUCACAGCCACACGCCAGCACGCCUGUCCCUGCAGGAGACGCGUCUGGCAAAGUGACCUGCAAGCCAUCUGUGACCACCAUCACCAACUCGGAGGAGUCACCGUGGCGCCGGCGGAGCAGCUUUGAGCCCCGCAUGCCUGAACCAGAACCUGUGGACUUGGAUGACGCCGACUUGCCAGUGAGCGAGGUCUGAGCCGGAGUGUGGACCUGGAUAUUAAAACGUGUUUAUCUGGAUGGAUGAUGAUGUUGAUGUUGGAUGGACGAAGAGGAAACCGUGCACGACAGGUGCAAAUAAACGAGGGCAGGUGCUGGUUUUCAAACAGAAGCUGUUGGCAGAUCACAAACUGCUGAGCUCCUCCGUCAGUGCCGUCAGUGUGCGAGACAAACCUGUUGGGUCAACACUGAACUGCAUUUGUGUGCCAAAGACGACCCACUCUUUACCUACGCCCCCCCCCCGCGCCUGCCUGCUGUCUCACAAUGGCAUAUUUAUUUACCAAGAGAAGACGUCGUCAAACAAAAGUACAAACCUUAGUUCACUUGUGCGGAUUAGAUUUCAGUUGCAGACCUUUUAUUUGAACCUGUACAGUGAUGCGUUCAGUGGCAUCUGUGGGGAGGAGGAUUUUUGUAAACCACUUUGUUCCAAGACUAAUAAGGGAGUUUUUAAUGGUGCCAGGUGUUUCCUCAUAUCUUAAAUAAGUGUUCGAACUGAGGACUGGCUUUUCAUAACCUCUCUUAUUUAAACAGUGUGGUCCGUUCAUGCUCAUUAUUUUAACACUGGAUUUAGGACUAGAUGCUAAAAAAGUUACAAAAAAAUAUGUAUAUGAUCCAGUGUGUUUGAUAAUGCCAGACCAAAUGUGUUUCAGCCUCAAAGCCUCAUUUAGUCCGAUUUGUUUUUUUUUAGUUGACAAAUGUUUUGAUUUUAAACUUUUUAUGUUGAAUAUAGUGGAAGGUUAAGGUCAGUUAUUUGUCCGCCGUGAGUUUCAUAGAUGACUGGUAUUGACCUCAAUCUGAAGUAGACUACAUGUUAAUGUACAGUUUUUACAGUUAAUCCACAAGCAGAGUUCUGUGCAGAGAAUAGACAGAAGAAAACAAAAUUGAAAGCGUUCACAGUUUAUUCAUCACUUCAAAACCUGAAUCAGCAUCUUCACAAACUGUACUUCAGCAAACACUUUGUGGACUCAUGUUUUGGACACUGGAAGACAUGGGGGAGGAGGGUGGAGCAACUUUGUUAUAAGUAAACACAAAGUACAAGACAUGAGCUUGUAUGCAUUUUGUAAAUCAUAAUAAUAAAAACAGCUUUGUGCUGGGUCAGCGAUAGAUGAGCUUCAUGUCCGGACAGACUGGGUUCUAACUGGUUUAUGUAAAGUGAACGAAGGCUGCAGUCAGUUGUUGGAAGAAUUGAUGAAACUGUACUAACACCACGCAAACAAGAUUCAAGCUCAGACACUUCCAUUGCAUGUUAACAAGUUAACGAUUCCUCAGAUUGUCUUUUUAGUUUUUGUGGACCUGCGGCUCGUCUGUGUGUUCUUUUGCAGGAUAGAGCCGUGUGCAUCAGAAUUAUUAUUUUUUUAUAUGCUUUUAGAUGUUUUCUUGAAUCCGUGUUAUUAUCCCAGUAGCAGGCAGGUUUUAUUUACAAUGUCCCACUGCUAAAUAACAAACACUAAUCUUUCCUCUUAUUUUUUUUUAAGUGCCUGCUCCAUUUCAUCCAACAAAGCCAUGUUCCUUCACCCCUGUUCAGUCUUGUGUAACUGGUUUGAAUUGUUUCUAUUUAUUAUGUGGAUGACUUGAAAGAAAUAAACACUGAAAAUGUG